UCUCAAAGUCAUCAUCGAUUCAUCAUCAUCAAAAACCCUAGGAUUCAAUUCAAUACCAUGGAUCAACCACUGCCCGAACCCGUUACUUACGUCUGCGGAGAUUGUGGACAAGAGAACACUUUGAAGCCUGGGGAUGUGAUCCAAUGCAGAGAGUGUGGGUACCGUAUUCUCUACAAGAAACGUACCCGUAGAGUUGUUCAAUACGAAGCUCGCUGAUAUCCACUACUCCUGAUGAUGGUUCAUAGCCAGUGAAGAAGGGUUGAGACGUUUUGCCACUGUUUGUAAUAUAUACCGACAUGGUUUUUGUUGAAUUGCUUGUUCGGUUUGAAUUGAUCACAAGUGUGACUGUGUAACCUAUUAACGAUUUUGGAUAGAUGUAAUCCUGGGAAUAACUAAGUUCACUUGCUAGAAUCCUUGAUUGGCUA